AUGUUUGUUGGAAGUCUCAGCUCUGCCCCUCACAUUAACACUACACGACCGCAUGGCCCCCCGUUUGAGCAUAGAGAUGCUGGGAUCAUCACGACCAGCGAAGAGGGGACUCGUCUCAAUCUCAAGUUCCACUAUUGUGAUGGCCAACAACCUUGCAAGGAAUGCCGUAAACGAUUAAUGGAGUGCAAGUACCGGCCGAACAUCUCUACUGAAUCGUUAAGUGAUUCUACUGCGUCUUGCUCGCCUCCAAGACACAACUUUAACGGACAGUCUCCCGAAGAAGCCGAAGGCUCGGAUACACCAGACACAAAUGGAAUGACAUCUGAUCAAUCAAGAAAGAGCAAACCGAUAAGCGCGGAGGGAGACUACGGUUUCCGUAUUGUCCCUACCUCAAAACCCGAGGAGUUUGGGAAACUCUCUCACAUAACGUCGGAUUGUCAGCAGCAAGCUUUACACCUUCCUCUGCUAACAUCUCCAGUGUUUGCUGACUGCUCUGCUACCGAAUCUUUUAUAGCUCUCGCCAAGCAGCAUGUGAAGCGAGCCUCUGGAUCCUCAGAGUUCACAACAUUGAAUGCCGGGCCUGCACUUCAGGAAGCCAGCUCUGCCCCUUCCUGCCCAUCGUGGCCGCCUGAUUUGACUCAACACGCAGUCGACAGAAUAGUGAAGUCCUACUUCAACAAUACGCUUGGUUUCAUCGAUGUCAUAAGCCACGAAUCGGCCAAUGCCAUACUGAAUCAAACCUAUAAUCCGCAAAGCCAUGUAUUGAACUCUGAUCGCUGUCUCAUCUAUCUGAUACUCGCAAUUGGGCUCGCCCUUGACUCCAGUCCAACAGAAAGAGCGCUACAGGAUCCCAAUCUCAAAGAGCGCUUUUUCACAAGCGCCGAGUUGAUUCUUCGACCAAGCGAAACACGUGAAGGAUCAGAGAGUCACAAUGGUGUUCCAUGGACUCUUCGGGCUCUUGUGUUGAUGUCUUUCUACAUGUUGUGCGUAUCUAGGCGACACACUGCACAUGAAUACUGUGGUAGAGCAACUCGAAUUGCUCACAAAUUCGGUAUUCACCGAGGCAAAGAGACCGAAUCCGAAAGCUCUUCUGAUACUGGAGAGUGGCGAGUGUCGAGACGCAACGUUUGGCGAAGCCUCUUUAUUCUCGAUAGAUUCCUUGCCGCUACGCUCGGCAGUCCCAUGGCUAUCCAAGUCCAGUAUACCGACGAGUCUCUUGUACUGAACAAAGGCACUUUACUCAAUCCUGCGGUCGACGCAUGCCGAAUCAUUGGCGGAACUAUAAAUUGGAUAUAUUCGAGGUCGAGGUCCAAUAUAUCGAUGAAGGAUGCGAAAAUGUUGAUCAGGCAUCUCGACUCUCUCACAGAUCCUGAAAUUGAUGGGCCCCCUUUUUUGGUACAGGUCUGUGUCCAUCGUGUGCGCUCGCUCCGUAUCUAUGCCGACAUUCUUCUUUGCCGGCCAUUCUUCUCUUUUCGCUACGUAGCCUCUACAGCAAAGCGCGAAGCAUGGGACGAUACGGAGCCACAAAUCAGCGAAUUGUCUCAGAGAUGCGUCUCAAGAUCAAUGCAGGCGAUCAACAUGCUCACGCAGAGCACUCAGACUCUCCAUAUUGGCCCAUUUGCCCCGUAA